UUUGUUCGUUUUCUUUCUUAGUGAUACAUAAACAGAAACGUAACCUUUCAGUUCUCCUUUUCGAUUGUACCUAUAAAGGGUACAUUUUUUUCUUUUUUUUUCACGAAGAGGGUAUGUAAGUUUUUUGUUAACUUUAUUGUGCUUAAAGAAGUUACUUUUUAUCAUUGCAUAAAAAGGGUAAGUUGUUUUUAUUUUCUUUGGGGGAUGGUUAAUUAUGAUUAAGGGAAGUACGUAUAUUCAUCCGAUUUUCCUACGUAACACUAAUAUUCAUAAAGGUUAUCAAUAGACUUGUAUUGCAAAUAUCAUGAUUUCCCUUUUAAAAUCACACCUCACAUCCAAACUCUUAUACUUCAAUACAUUCCACAGGGAAAUUAGUGGUUCACUGCACAGAUGGCUUUGGAAGGACAGGAACGGUGCUUGCGGUGUUACUUCUGACGGAAAUGAUCAAGUGCGAAAAGCGUUUGGACGUCAAUGAAGUGGUUACAAGUCUACGAAGAUCCCGUCCUGGGUUGCUUAUGCAGCAGGAGGAUCUUGACCUUGCAUUGGCAACUUUGGAUGAGCUUUUGCAUGGGCUUGUUACCGCUCACGACGCCUAUGAGUUCAAGAGAAACUUAUUGGAAAUCUUAAAGAGAUCAAAAGCUUUGUUCAAAAAGGCUCAAGAAAUCAAGUCCAUCCCGAAUCCCGAGACAGCUCAGCGACCUCCUCGCCUCAACGUGGACAGCGGUCGUGUGAUGCUGGACGUGGAGGAUACGACCGGAGAUGAAAGCCUCGAUAAAGAUGAAGAAAAUGAGAAAGAGGAUCUCUAUGCCAUAAAUCAAACGCAGGACGAUCUGCAGCAUCCGAGUCAGAGAUGUAUCAACGCCGUUUGGGUUGAUGGUUACGACCGGAAACGGGAUGUCAUUGUAACGAAGCAUCCGCCAGCGGCUAUGAGAGCGUGGUUCUGGCGACUCGUGCUCCAGAACCGCUGCCACGACGUUGUCCUCGUCAAUAAUUACUUAGAAAAUGACGAUGAGCGAGAAUACCCGGCACUCAUACCUGGCGAGGGAGGAGAAGCAACCUUCGGGGAAUGUUCGAUACGAGUGCUAGCUGCUCAAGCGCCAGCUCAGUCGAUUAUCAAGUAUCAAGUGAAGGUCACACUAAGUGAAGACGAGGCUUUAAUGGUCAGAGUGUACAAGAUCACCGAUUGGACUUAUGGACGAGAUAUUCCUCAAUCUCCAUUAGUUGUGAAUUCUCUGACGGAAAUUUUGCACGAUAUUCCCUCGACACCUCAUACAGGCCCCAAGCUGUUUUGUUGCGGGGACGGUGUGACAGCAAGCGGAUUGCUCGUGGGUGCUUUGUGCGUUCUGCGGAGGCUCAGUUCCAGUCAAGAGGUUGACAUAUACCGGACUGUUAUAUUGCUUAGGAGGUUCUGUCCUGAAUUUAUAACCUCAGAGAAACAAUUCGAGUACCUGUAUUUUGUUGCUGCUCGUUACAUCGACAGUAGGAUGAUCUACGAGGAAUUAGAAUAAGUGAAAUGAUACCAAGAAUCCAGAAAAGAUGGCAGAAUCUAAGGUGGAGAAGAUCGGCGAAUUCAAUCUUUUAUAGCUACCGUGAUUCGUACCUACUUUGUUAUUGUGAUAUACUUUAUAAUUUAAUGUGCCAUGUUAUUGUCUCUCGGCCGAGGAAGCUGAUCUUCCACUGAAAUCAUUAAUCCAAUGUCAGCAGAUUUAUGUACUAUCCCCUUUGGAUUUUUGUGAAUUUAGUUAAAUACAGAUAGCUCCAUGUGUGCUCAACCACCAAGGAGUCUAUCAGUUGGCCCUACUGACCGAUUCUGAUUUCCCCAUUCCUUGAAUUGGCGGGAAAAUGUGUUUUUCUUUCUAAUGCUAUUAAUAUUGAUUGUUAUCAUUUUUACUGAUAUUAUGAUUAUUAAAUUGUUAUCAAAAUAUCAAUAUCAGAGAUAACAAAAUCAUAGAAAUGAAGCUUUCAAAACAUCAAGGAAAAGGGUAAACAGGUGAGGUAGGUAAGACUAAAAGCUGACUACUCGCUUACUAAGCACUUGUAGAGCCAUCUUUGUGUAAAGACAAUAGAUACACUUUUAUUACAUUGGGCAUGGCAUUGUAGUCUUGCCAUCCGCGCUAAUUGGGUUAACAGAUAAAUCAUUUAUAUAAAUUUUCCAUGUUGAUUAUGAAUAACCAAAAUAAAACAUGCACAUUCUGAACGGAGACACAAAAAGUGUUACUAACAGAAACUAAGCUCUGCUUUUUGGUAUAUUUUCUAUGUUACUAAGUUACCAAGACUGUAAUACAAUAUUCUUGAGAUAUUGUUUAUUAUAUUUCAUCCAGUGGUUUUCCUUACUCAUAGUUCCUUUGUAUUAAGAUAUUGAUAUAAAUGCUCAUUCAUGUAUAUCUCGAUCUAACCUGGAAAUGGUGCUGAAUAUGU